AUGGCACAAGACGAAGCUGUACCGCCGCAAUUGACUCUGCUCUACCGAAUGGAGGCUUUGCUCUCUCCCCCAAUCAAUGUUGAAAAUAUUCCUUAUGGACAAACACGCUCGAUUAUCCCCAUCAUCGGAGGCACCUUCAAGGGACCAAGACUGUCUGGCAAAAUCCUGAAUAUCGGCGCCGACUGGCUUUUGGUGGACAACAGUGGAAAGACACGACCGGAUACGCGUUAUGUGCUCCAGACAGACGCCGGCGAGAUUAUUUACAUUCAGACCGAGGGUCUGCCGCCAAAAGACAACCUGGACAGCACACCCAACAUGCUGAGGGGCAAGUUCGAGACGAGCAGAAACAACACCGUCGCGUGGUUGAACGAUGUCGCCGCCAUUGCUGUACUACGGGUGGGCAAGCCAAAUACUGUGCUCAUUGAUAUGUGGGAGGCAACGCCAGCUCCAGAGAGCAGCAAGCUGUAA